AUGAUAUAAUCAUUUGUUAGCAAUGUCAAUUGUCAAAAUCAUAAUUAACCAAUCACUUAUAUUGAUAUUAAGAAAGAAAAACUUAUUAACAAUAGAGCUAAGUGUUUAAAUUGCAUUCCUUUAAAUGAUGCUGUACCAUUAAAAAUGCUCUAGAGAAAUUUAAGAAAUUGAAAGAAGAUGAAAAAUAAUAGAUUAGAAAUUAUAGGAAAAAUAAGAUUUAUGAUUUUUUAGAAUUCAAAAAAGUUGUUAUACAUUAACUUUCUGAAUCCAUUUCAUAGUCUCUUAAUGAAAUUAGUAAAUAAAUCAAUGAAAGAAUUGAAAAAAUUGUCGGUGUUAUUCAAUAAGCAUAAUCAGUACAAUGGUAAUUAAAUAUUAAUGAAUAUUUGACUAUAAGUUGAUUGUAGAAUAUAGGAUUACAAUUAAGUUAAUAAGGAAAUGAGUUUUCAUUAAUUA